AUGGCGUCCGUGAGGUCAUUCCCCUCCAUCAAGGAGAUUCGGACCUUCGUUAUUGGCGGCGUCGGCUCCGGAGGCGACUACCACAAUGUGAAGGGCGGCCACUGGUUGAUUGACAGCCCCAUCUCCACGCCUUGCUCGCGAUGGGAGCAAUACCGCAAUUCCAGAACGAGCUGGGGCAUCAACGUUCUGGGCUCGUUUCUCGUCGAGAUUGAAUCUUCAGAUGGCACCGUUGGAAUUGCUACUGGCUUCGGAGGUCCUCCGGCUUGCUGGCUCGUCCACCAGCACUUCGAGCGCUUCCUCAUCGGUGCCGAUCCACGCAACACGAACCUGCUGUUCGAGCAGAUGUACCGAGGCUCCAUGUUUUACGGCCGCAAGGGUCUGCCCCUCGCCGUCAUUUCCGUCAUUGACUUGGCCAUUUGGGAUUUGCUGGGCAAGUUGAGAAAUGAGCCUGUCUAUAGACUUAUCGGUGGUGCCACCAAGGAGCGACUCGAUUUUUACUGCACUGGCCCUGAGCCGGCUGCGGCCAAGGAGAUGGGCUUCUGGGGCGGCAAGGUUCCUCUCCCCUACUGCCCAGACGAGGGACACGUUGGGCUGAAGAAGAACGUCGAGUUCCUGCGCAAGCACCGUGAGAGUGUCGGCCCCGACUUCCCCAUCAUGGUGGACUGUUACAUGAGUCUGAACGUGCCCUACACAAUCGAGAUUGCGAAGGCAUGCGAGGACCUUAACAUCAACUGGUGGGAGGAGUGUCUGUCCCCCGACGAUACGGACGGCUUCGAGCAGAUCAAGCGGGCACACCCGACCAUCAAGUUCACAACGGGCGAGCACGAGUACUCACGGUUUGGGUUCCGCAAGCUUAUCGAGGGCCGCAACCUCGACAUCAUCCAGCCCGACGUCAUGUGGCUGGGUGGCCUGACAGAGCUGCUCAAGGUUUCGGCGAUGGCGUCCGCCUAUGACAUUCCUGUUGUUCCUCACGCCAGUGGCCCGUACAGUUACCAUUUUGUCAUCUCACAGCCCAACACGCCAUUCCAAGAGUACCUGGCCAACUCCCCAGAUGGCAAGAGCGUGCUUCCCGUGUUCGGUGAUCUCUUCCUGGACGAGCCCAUUCCCACCAAGGGAUAUCUUACAACGGCAGACUUGGAUAAGCCUGGCUUUGGCUUGACGUUGAACCCCGCCGUGAGGUCAAAGUUGAUUCCAGGCAAGGCGCUGCUCAGCACCAGCAUCGAGAGGCCUUUGAAGACGGAAGAGGAGCAGGCGGCUGCGAACGUCACCAAUGGCGCUUGA